CACUGUCUGAGGUCGCCCCGGGUCGGGAAGCUCGCACCGCGCAGAAGUAACACUCGAAACACCUACAGUCUUGUGAAGUUCGGCUAUAAAAGUCUACAGAUCGCUCUGCUCCCUCAGCCUGCACCAACUUAAGUCUCUAACACAGCUUAUUCCUCGACUCUAGAUUAAGUUGGCCAGUAUCAUCCCGACACUUGAUCAUUCCUAUCAGACUCAUAUCACUAUAAUGGGCUCGAUAGGAGUGGAAGAUCCAACCUACCCACCGGUUAGCGGGAAAAGAACCGCUCCUGAGGUACCCGCAUUUCACAAUGACAGUGUGAAACUUGAAGAGGUUAUCGAUGCCCUUCGAGUUGCUGGGGGAUGUGUUAUUCGUGGAGCCGUCCCAGUCAAGGACGUCAACCAGAUUGAGAAAGACGUGCGUCCCUGGCUCGACGCCGACGUGCCAUGGGAAGAGGGAGGAUUCUUCCCUAGGGAAACUCGUCGCGCACAUGGACUCGCACAGAAGUCGCCGACCUACAUGAAGUCCUUCGUCAUGCAUCCUAUCUACCAGCAGGCUUGCGACAGGAUCCUUAGCAGGACCAGCUAUCCAUGGGUGGGCCAAAAGAGAGAAGAGACGGUUUCCAAGCCGCAGCUCAACACCACGGUCAUCUUCUCAAUUGGACCCGGGGCAAAGCCUCAAGAUCUGCAUCGAGAUGAUAUGAUUCACCAUAACUAUGUUUCCGAGGACAUCACUCCCGACCAAUGGACGUUUUCCCGUGAAGCGGGAAUUGGCUGGUUCGUGGCUGGUAAGAAGACGACCAGAGCCAAUGGUGCCACCAGAUACAUUCCAGGAUCUCACCUCUGGGAUUCUGAGAUACCGCCAGACGAGUCCCUUGCCUUCUAUGCGGAGCUUGAGCCAGGCGAUUGCUUCAUGAUGUUAUCUUCGUGUUAUCACGCGGGUUCCGCCAACACAACAAAGGAUGAAGAACGUCUCGUAUACUGUUCUUUCAUGACUCGUGGUUAUCUACGCCAGGAAGAAAAUCAAUACCUCGCCAAUGACGGGAAGGUGCUCAAAGAGUUGUAUAACAACGACAUGGAAAUCUUGAAACUCAUCGGAUGGAAUCUCAGCUCUCCAUUCCUUGGUUGGGUUGACCAGCAUCACCCAUUGAAGUUGCUCUACCCAGAUCUUCCCAGCAACACAGAUUUGUUCUAGUUGUUGUCCAGAGAACUUCUGUUAAGCAUGAGCUUGUCUCGCUUGUUCACUCACUUGUUUCAACCUUCAUUGGAAGUACACUAGCAACAUUCUGAAAGGGAGACGGCGGUAUUGAAUGACAUAUUGGAAUUGGAACUAAUCUCGAGCUUCUUACUGUUGCUGAAUCUACUGCUACUACAGCCGCCACUGCCCUCAAUCAAUAGUCUGUUACUGUAGGCAAUAAGAUGAGGAUCGUUGAUGCUUACUUUCGUACUGUUACACCCGUCUCGAGUCGACUGAGC